AUGACGGCACCGAGUACUCAACAGGCCGCGGGCGAGGGCGGCGCCAAUACCGGCACGACAGUCGCCUUCCUCGGUCCGUUCAACUCAUAUUCCCACCAAGCCACUAAAAUCGCUUUUCCCGAGGCAAAAUGGCACCUCGAGCCAACAACGACGAUCAAAGAGGUCUUCGACCGCGUGCAAUCCCAACACGCCCCCCACGGCGUCGUGCCCUUUGAGAACUCCACCCACGGCACCGUCACCUUCACCCUCGACAACCUAGCCGACCGCGCAGGCGAGAAAACACCAUGCUGGCUCGGAAUUCGCGAGCAUCCUCACGUGGGUUUGUCUAUUGAUUGUUACGAAAAUCGCAUGUUAUCCGGCAUGGAAACACCAAACCUGCAGAGCACCAUGCCCUUGAGCCCUCAGGAGGUGAAGCUUGGAGAAUGGUUGCCUGUUGCUGGAAGGUACUCGCCCCACACGCUCAGACUGGGUAUAUGUAUUACAUCCAGCACGCCCAUUUCCAACGAGGACAACCGCCCAGCAUUUGGCCAAGUGGUCGAGGCUUCGCGGUGUCCUCCCUCGAGGUCAUGA